AUGGCCAGCAAAUCCAUCAUCGUCACCGGCGGCGCCAGCGGCAUCGGCCUCGCCGUGACGCGGCACCUGGCCGCACAGGGCCACCGCGUCGCCAUCCUCGACCUUAACGCCGCCGCCGGGCCCGCCGUGGCCGCCGAGGUGGCCGCCGAGUUCCCGCGCGCCGCCGUGUCGUUCCACCCGUGCGACGUCGCCUCCUGGGACGAGCAGGCCGCCGCCUUCCGCCAGGCUUUUGCCGAGCUCGGCGGCCGCCUUGAUGUCGUCGUGGCUAAUGCCGGGGUGUCGGAGCAGGGGGCUACCUCGUUAGUGAGGCUCCCGCUGGGUGGGGGCGUGGAGGGGGAGGGGCCGGGGGAGGGGGAGGAUGAGGGCCCGACGAGGCCUAGUGUGGCGACGCUGCAGGUGAAUCUGCUGGGGACGGUUUACUCGGUAAACUUGGCGGUGCAUUACAUGAAUAAGAAGCCCAAGUCGGAGCCGGGAGGACCAUCCAGGGGAUCCAUCAUCUGCACCGCAUCCAACGCGGGCCUGUAUCCGCUUCCGGUUGCGCCUUUGUAUGCGGCAUCCAAGUUUGGCGUGGUGGGGCUGGUGCGGUCGACGGCGAGGAUUAUCGCACAGGCAAACAUGCAAAUCAACGCGCUGGCACCUGCCGUGCUGGAUACCAACAUCGCCCCUGAUAAAAGCCUCUUCAAGCAUAUGACCAUCACUCCCAUGGAAACCCUGAUCCGGGGCGUAGACCAGUUUCUUGCAGACCCGACGGUCUCGGGGGCCGUGGCUGAGAUACACGGGGAUAGGGUGACCAUCAGACCACCACACGAGUACGUGGACGAGGACAGCAAAAAGAAUAUCGAUACGUUCUGGGAUUUGGGAAGAAUUGAUAGGAUGGACAUUCGAACCGAGCCAUUUCGAAGGCCAGGGAAAGCACCGCUUCUCUGGAACCGUACCGUGUGCGACUGCCACUGGUAUUACCAAUUCUACCUCUGCGGAUGCCCCGACCGCGCUACUCCCAUAGGGAAUGGCCGCACCAGGCACGAGCCUUGCUACCAAGGGUGCGAGGUCUGGUACAAGCCCAAGUGGGAGCAGAUCAUCAAACUGUCGAGCGGGUUUCGACACAACCCCAACCCGCCCUUGCGCCCGGAACCCAGCGUGCUGCCGUUCCCCUGCCACCGCCACCUGAUGGAAUCGCGCGUCUUCCUCUCCGCGGAGGAGCUCCAUACCAUGAGGAACCGGCUGAUGGACCCCAUGUGGAAUCCCGUCAGGAGCAGCACCUGGGAGGACAAGAAGCGCGUGCGAGAGGAAGAAGACGACGGACUACCGCCGCCGCCGCCUCUUCGGCGGAGGAUCCUGCAACCCGAGGCGGAGGAGAUCAUCCAGCUCCAGCCGAUGAUAGGCGGGCUCAUGCUGGCGUUGCGCCAAACCCCAAAUGACCACCACUACAUCGACCCUCCAACUUCAAGCACGGCGUUCCCAUCUCCCCUAUCAUACCCCUGGCACUUCCCAAGUGGUCAAUCGGCCUUCCUCGACCCGGACGGGCCCCGUACCUUUGCCGUGCCGGACGAGUCCGACGAAGAGAGCACCCAGAGCCGACGCAGUCUCGCAAGGAGCCCACCACCCCCCUACGUAGGCCCACCAGCCUACACCCGGAACCCUCCGCGCCCAGCACCACCACCCGCCCCACCGCGGGAAUCGCCCCCGCCGUACAUAGAAACCCCAUCAUCCUCAUCCGCAUCACCCCAGCGGAGCACGCAGGACGCAAGCGAGCCCCGCCAAAACCACCCCCCGCGCCGCUCCCGAAACCACUUCUCCUCCCUGACGUGGCUCCUCGAAGAGCAAGCCAUCGACCUCUGGCGACAAGACGGCUACCACUGGCACAGCGCGCCAGUCAAGCGCGAAAGGGCCACACCAACCACCACCACCACCAAAACCCCCCAAACCAACAACCACAACCCCCACCCCAACCUUAGCGCAACCGCCCCUCUAAUCCGCGACGUAACCUACGACGGGCCGACGCACACGGGGUACUUCCACGGCGCGUACCGCACCGACCCGGCGAUGCUGCACCAGGCGCGGGCGGUCAGCUGGCAGCGGGCGGCGGGGGAGGAGGGGCUGGCGUGGGCGCGGCGGGUGGGUGAGGCGUGCGCGGAGGGGGGGGUUGUUUUGGGGGGUGGGAAUGGGAGUGGUGGUGGGAAUGGUGGGAAUGGGGGGUGGUGGUUGCUGGGGGCGAGGUUUCAUAUGUGA